AUGAUGGAGGCCACAGCACAAACCUUCAUUCGACCAGCGACACGCAGCUGUGUCUCCAGCACAAGACAUAGCCUCAAGCAGCAAAUACGCUCGAAAGCGACCUCUGCCCGCACAAGGCGCUCCCUCAACAUCGCUCCUCACCCGUCAUUCCUCGCCUCCGACUCGCACCUACAACAAGACCACAUCAUCUUCAACCCGCCCGCAAGCGCCCCAUCUGUAUACCACACACCCUUCAAGUUCCUGCCAAAGACCGACCCCCGGCGGCGCGCCAACCUGGCCAAGAUCUUCGAGUCACACUUCGCCCCAUCAGGUGCAGACACUACAGACCUGCCCUCCGUGCGGUCGUCGCACAAGUACGACCCCGCCAUCGCCGCCCGGGGGCCCAUCACCAAAGCCGAGGUGGAAGAGAUGCGGCGGCUGCGGGAGGAGGACCCGCACAAGUGGAACGUCUCGGCCCUUUCCGAGAAGUACGAGAUCCCGCACAUCUUCGUCAUGAUGUGCUGCCAGGCGCCCAAGGAGAAGCUCGAGUUCGAGAGGAAGAAGAUGGAGCUCAUCCGCCAGCGAUGGGGGCCCAUACGGGCCAAGGCGAAGGAGGAUCGCCACCGGAGGACACAGAUGCUUUACCGGGGGGAGAUAUAG